GGUUCUAGCCUCUCGUCUAACCUCCUCUCAACAUACAGGCUAAUGGAGUCGCCGACGAAUCGAUCGUCUCGAGACUUCUUGGCGACCCUUCAAUACCAAGAGACCGUCUACGGGAUGCAGUGGGUACGCUAUACGCCGACCUCUUCGUCUAUUACCAAUUUCUUUUACUCGCUCAUGCUGCAUCCCCAUGUCCAAAGGAGGAUUCAGAAGGAGCUUGACGAAUGUAUUGGAGUUGGAGGGUCUCCCACUAUGGCCGAGAUUCAAACGUUUCAUUACUUUAAAGCAGCAUGGAACGAGUCGAUGAGACUGAACGUGACGAGUCCAUUGGGGAUCGCGCAUUUGACCACGGAGGAAGAUAUAUACAAGGGUUACUACAUUCCAAAGGGUUCCAACCUAUGGGGAGAGGACGCAGACGUCUAUAACCCGGAACGAUUCUUACCGGAAUGCAAUCCGCGUGCUAAACAAUUGCCCGAUAUAGUAUGUCCGGGUCGCCACUUGUCAGAGAGAACGGCUCUGCUGUUUACAGCAGCAGUCUUGUCCUCUUUCGAAAUUGUCCCCAUGGAAGGGGAAUCCGGUGAACCUACCGACUUUGUGGAUUCUGUCGUCAGGUCAGUCUUCUCCAGUAAUGACUACCCGAGUUCUCACAAAGUUGUUUUUCUAGACGGCCGAUCCACUUUAGGUGCAAGAAAUAUGGCCCUUUCGCAAGCCGAACGGCCAUUUGGUAAGGCAUCUACCUCCGAACCCGAUUUUGUCGCUCGUAGGCAGUCUCAAUUUG